CUCCUUACCAAAUAGUAGUCAAUAAAGCUCUUCACAGCACUCCAACCAAAUUCUCAGCCUUAGCUUAUCUCUUCAAUUCAAUCACACACACCAUGAUGCUCCUCUGAACCUUUCUUUCUUUCUUUCUGAAACUGUAACUAUAACUAUAAGCAGCUAUGUCUUCAUCAAUGGCUUUGUUCUCUUCUACAACUCCACAUCUUUCUUCUUUCUCUUCUUCCUCAGCCAAAACCCACCUCCCAAAUAACCCAUUUCUCUCUUUUAAGCCUCAAAGACACUUGCUUUCUGGGUCUUUUAGAGCUACUGAAAAUGGGUCUGGAGCUGGCAUUCUUGUAGAGGAGAACAAAGCUCCUGAACCCAAAGAAGCUUCUACUGGAAACGGAGCUCCGGUGGCCGAUGACGUGGCUGAUUCGCUUCUUAAGUUUGAAGAUCCCAAAUGGGUUUCUGGGACUUGGGAUUUGAAGCAGUUUCAGAAAGAUGGAACUACUGAUUGGGAUGCUGUCAUUGAUGCUGAGGUUAAAAGGAGGAAAUGGCUUCAAGACACUCCAGAAUCAUCCAACAAUGACUUCCCUGUAGUUUUCGACACCUCGAUUAUUCCUUGGUGGGCAUGGAUGAAACGAUUCCAUCUUCCCGAAGCCGAAUUACUCAAUGGUCGAGCUGCAAUGGUGGGGUUCUUUAUGGCUUACUUUGUGGAUAGCUUGACUGGUGUGGGUCUAGUUGAUCAAAUGGGAAAUUUCUUCUGCAAAACACUUUUAUUUGUAGCAGUAGCUGGUGUUCUUCUGAUUCGAAAGAACGAAGACUAUGAUAACUUAAAAAAGUUGCUUGAUGAGACUACAUUUUACGACAAACAAUGGCAAGCAACUUGGCAAGAUGAGAAGAAGAAAGAGUGAUUAAGAAUGGUAAGCAUUGAAUCUUUUUAUGUUUGUUGUAGAUCAUGGUAGCUAGCACAAUUGGUGUAGCUUAUGGUUUGAUGCUUCAAUGGUGUUUCUUGAAUGUUAUAAUGUGUUUUGGAUUGGUAUAAGAUGUAAUAUGAGCUAUUUCAUGGUUGAAUUAAAGGUCUGUUUGUUAGCA